GCUAGUAGAUCAUGGAGACAGUAAACGCGUAAAGCUCAACAUUUUUUUGUUAACAAAAACAGAUAAACAGAGGAAACAGGCGACCCGGUAAAGGUUUCCAAUAAGAUUGUCAAAAUGACAGACUGCAACAGAAUGAUCGACGACUUCGAGAAACAGGAGGUUCGGAGCAGCGGGGAGCUCUGGUCCCAAAUUUGUGGCCCCAGCCUGCCGCAGAUCCAAACCCAGACCCCCCCGGACAACAGCACGGACUUCCACGACUCUUUCCAUCCGGUGGGAGGGCACGGCAAUGACCAGUCUGAUGGGAUACACACCAGCGCAUUCCCCAGUGGUCGAUGGGAACCCAUGGAGGAUUCAGAGACUUACAUUGCCAGUUUAGAGAAUCGCCUGAAAAAGCUCAAGGGUCAGUCCAGCGACGUCACCUCCAGGGACAUGCUGCGCUCCUUGUCUCAAGCCAAGAAGGAAUGCUGGGAUAGAUUCCUGCAUGACUCUCAGGCCUCUGAGCUCUUCCAGAGCAACAACAUGGAUGAAAGUGCUGUUGAACACUUCAAGAGAUGGCUUGUUCCAGAGAAAGUGGCCAUCAGCGCAGAGGAACUGGAAUAUCUGCUCAGGCCGUCUGAGACGAAGGAACCCGCCCAAGCGGACCAGCAGGCGGGACACGGGGAUGCGGAGGAAGAGCGUCACAACACUGUGGAAGAGGCUCACAGUCCUGAGAAAUGACACUAAAACAAAAAGAAAGUCAAAUACGGAAUGCAAAAAAACGGCUUUCGCAGGUCAUCGGCUGCUCUUUCCUGUUGGAUAGUCAUUGUUGUUUUUGUCUGUGCUAUUUGCAUUUUUUUAACCACAAGAGUUAUUUGUGAUGCCAUUUGUGUCUCUUAGAAUGCUCUAGCUUCAGAAAUGCUAAUGAAGGAACACCUGCAGAAUGAACAUGUAAAAUAUGAUGCUUACAUUCAUGUAAAAGUGCAUCCAUAUGAAGGUGUUCAUGUUUACCCCGCAUCAUAAUGAUGUUUGACCCAUGUUUUCAAUUAAAAAAAAAAUGUACGUCUUCA